CCCCUCUUUAUUCCCCUCUCCUCCCCUCCAGAGCAGCCCGCCCACCUCUUCUCCCAGGUGUUCUUUUGCCAAGAGGACGCCCCGCUUUACGGCCUGGCUCAGACGCUGGACAACGACCUGCUCUUCUGGUACGACUUCCCGGGCGCCCGCUGGCGCUCCCGCCGGCCCGACUUCCCGCCGGAGACGCAGCUCUCCGAAGCGCAGAUCGAGGCCCAGAAGAAAAUCUGCGACGCGGUGCUGCCCGUCCUCACCGACUUUUCAGACACGUACAUUGAAGCCCAGUUCCCCGAGGCCAGAGGGAUCCCCCAAGUGGAAGUCUUCACCCUCCGUCCGCUGGUCCUGGGCCAGCCCAAUGUCCUGGUCUGCUCGGCGAGGAACAUCUUCCCUCCCGUGGCCAGGAUCGAGUGGGCCUACCACGGCCAGCCCCUCACCCGGGGUGUCUCCUCCACCCCAGUCUUCCCCGUCGAAGAGCUGGAUUUCCAGGUCUUCUCCUACGUGGAGGUGACCCCCCAGGCAGGAGACAUCUACAGCUGCACCGUCAAGGGCAAGACCGACAGCCUAGCCUACUGGGUCCCCAGGGACCCCGUGGCCUCUAAGCUCCUGGAGAACAUCCUCUGCGGCCUUGCGGUGGCGGUGGGAGGGGUCUUCACCAUCGUGGGCGUCGUCCUGCUGGUCCUCUCCUGCAGGGCCCGGAGCGCAGACUGAAGCAAGGAUACCCUCCUUCCCCUCCCCGCAUCCAUGGAUCGGCAUGACACAGACGCUGGGAAGACGACCCCCCUCGCCACUCCCCAGAUGUUAGAGUUUUC